CCCUUCUUGACUUGACCUAGGAACUGGUUUGACGGCGAGAGCUCUUCAGACUGCGUGGGGCAAAACAACCGAGGCUGGCACGGGAAGCCAUGUGGACAGAAGAGACACUACAUGUGUGAACGGCCGACAUCGCCGAAACCAUACCGUACCCUCGGUUGUUGGGCCGACACAGGCAGCAUCGUGGCCAUGCCGAGCCGGGAAGGUGUGGACGCGGCCCUGACGAGGGAUCCGGCGACCCGAGCCGACGCCGUCGACGAGUGCUACGCGGUGGCACUGGAACAGAACUUCACUGUGUUUGCGGUGCAGAACGGCGGGGAGUGCCGCACGUCGCUGUUUUCACACGUCACAUAUCAGAUGUACGGGGCCUCCACUGGGUGCGGCUACAACGGGAGAGGGGGUCCGGAGGCAAACCAUGUGUACAAGAUUAUAGGCGACGCGGAGGCGGACUGUGACUUCGACGUGAACCUCUGCAGCUUCUUCCAGAGCCCUGACGACGAUUUCGACUGGACACACAUCUCCGGUCCCACCAGCUCGCAGUCCACGGGCCCACCGGGGGACAGGACUACAGGGUCUGGCUCCUACAUCUACAUCGAAGCUUCAUCAGCCAGGGGCGGCUGGAGGGCCCAUCUAAACUCCACAGCCAUCACCAGACCCCCCGGGCAGCAGUGUCUGAUGUGGUACUACCACAUGUACGGGUCCGGCGUGGGCACACUCACGGCAAUUCUCGACGAAGACGCUGAACUGGUCCUUUGGCAACGGCAGGGAGACCAGGGCGACGCGUGGCAGCUGGGCUCAGUAACGUUUCUUACCUUCAGCCCAUCUUUCAAGCUGUCGUUUGAAGCAACGAGGGGUGAUAAUCAAUUUGGAGACAUUGCCCUGGAUGACGUCACGUUGACGGAGGGGCAGUGUCCUUACGAAUGUCAAGAGGUACCACCAGAGCUGCAGUUCUGCAACGCCGCCAGGGGAUUCUCCGCCUCCGUCUACCUCCCCAACCACGCAGGGCACUUCACGGCCGAAGAGAUCUUCGCUUCCGCCGAGUAUAACGCCACCAGCACCCUCCGCAGCCAGCCCGCCUCGACCUGCCACGCCGAGAGCCUGGCGUUUGCCUGUGCGAUGCUGGCGCCGAACUGCGUAGAUAGAGGUACGAUUUCAGUAGCAGAGCCUGUGUGCUGGGCAUGGUGCAAAGAUGUCGUAGAGACCAACAUCUACUGUGACACCCUUUUGGAAGAGGAGAAGGUCCUGUUCAAAAGCGGUUACUGCGACGAUCUGCCAGUCACGGAGUGUUUUGAACCUGAGCGAAUCGAAGAGCAACUGAGUGGCUACCAGCAGUGUAAUGGCAAGCUCUACAAGAUCUUUGAAGAAAAGCGAACCUACGACGAGUCCCUGGGAAUGUGCGAAUCCUUGGGCGGGAGUCUGGCCCUGCCCCAAAACCGGGACAUCAACCAGUUCAUCUUCAACCUCAUCCUGAAUGAUCCCGAACAUGCAAAUGAGCCUGUACGGUUCGGCCUGGUGGGUCCAGAAGCAGGGGGACCGGAUUCCUGGACGUGGACAGAUGGAAGCAGGUUCGGCACCUUCCACAGCUGGAAGAUUCUCGAACCGAAACACUCGUCCGGAAGGAGCUGCGCCUCGUUCAACUUGGCAGACGACAGUAGCCCGGGCACGGCAUGGGAGGCGUCCUCGUGUGACGCCAACAUGAAGUUCAUCUGUGAAUUCCCGCUUUCCGACUGCUACUACGGGCGUGGGUACAACUACCGUGGUACCUGGGACAUGACAGAGUUGGGUCAGGCCUGCGAGGAGUGGACUGCAGUUGUCAACGAGGUCUCAGCACUGAAGGAGUCUUUAGGGGGUUUCCGGGAUGCGGAUCCCAUGGGUGAGUACAACCUUGAGGGGAACUUCUGUCGCGUGCUGGCCAGCCCCCAUGCAGAGGUGUACGCCUACCAGGACAAACCAAUGUGCUUUGUGCGGAACACCAUGGGCUUUCUGGAGGCACAGUACUGUAGCGUUCCGCUCUGCAACAACAUUGGAACACCUUCGGACGAGUCUGAAACAGAGAGUUGCAGUUUGGAGUUGGACGGUGACUUCUCUUACAGCAACACCCGUGACUACCACUGCGAGUGGAAGUUACCGGACCGGAUACACGUCAUCGAAGGGAACUGGCCGGAUGGACAAUACACAGUCAAAGGUACCUUCUGUGGCAGCGGCCCCACCAGCCCGAUAUACUCCAACAGUUCCGCGCUUACAGUGGUAGUGUACGGGGUCUACGUCGCUUCUACGUCACACGUGACGUCAUUAACGGACAAAACGGCCGUCAUAUCUGCAAAGUACACAAGUGCACCAAAAGCACGAUGCACAGGGACAGACUUCUCGUGCAGAGACGUAAAGAAGUGCGUCCCGCUGAGCCUGAUGUGUCAGGGUGUUGCUCAGUGUUGGGACGGGAGCGACCAGGCUGUCUGUGAGUGCCGUACUAUCCCUGAGGGGGCUCUCCGCGACAUGUGCUCCCCGCAGGAGUACACCGCCUUCCCAAACUUUCUCCAUCACCUGUCGGAGGCAGAUGUCACAAACUGGGAAGGGUUUCUCGGAAUAAAGCAGCUUUCUAGUAAAACCUGUCACCAACAAAUCCAAGAUUUUGUGUGUUACCUGCUAGUCCCCCCAUGUUCCUCCGUCACUCGGGACCCCCCGUGCCGGUCCUGGUGCGAGGAGCUGAAAGGAGCCUGCGGCACGGAGACAGGCUGGUCACAGGUGCCGGACUGCGGGACAUUCGUCAACACUGACUGCUGGAGCGGAGCACCUGCAGACUGUUACCAUGGUAACGGCGAGAACUACCGCGGCGUGCAGAGCGUGGCGGGGACGGGCCAGUCGUGCUACCGGUGGGAGGAGAAGCCGCUGGAGCUGCAGCAGUACCCCUGGGCGCACCUGCGGGACAACUACUGCCGCAACCCCGACGGCACGGACAGGCCCUGGUGCUACGUGGAUCAGGCCGGGGGAUGGGAGUUCUGCAGCGUCAAGCCUUGUGAUGAGUCGCUCCUGUGCCGAGACCGCGGGUCGGAGCGGGGAGUCCUGAUGAAGCCUGUGCGCCAGUUCUACUCCCGGGGAGACACGGUGUCGUACAGCUGCGUGCAGGGGUACACGCUGCUGGGGUCGGCUGCGGCCAGGUGUCUGGGGAACCACAUAUGGGACACUGAGGCACCGAUAUGCAAAGUGGAGUCGAGGGAGCGGCUCUUGAACGACAAGUUCAUCGAAGGCGAGUACUCCCCGACCCUCUCCCCGACGGUGGGGGUCGUCAACAUCACAAUCGCGGGAAGUAUUGUCAGCAUUAUCAAUCUGGACGAAUCAACAGAGACCGUCACCACAGCCUUUCGAGUCGGAUUGACGUGGCAUGACCAGCGGCUGAGUUGGGACGUGUUUCAUUACGGCGUCUCCAAAGUUCGGGUUGACCACGACACUGUCUGGAAACCGACACUCAAACUGCUACGGAGUGCGGACAAGGACUUCGGCGGGUUUCCGAAGGCAGACCUGACCAUGUUUAACACCGGCCAAGUCACAUGGAUAAUCGAGGACAUCAUCGUGACCACGUGUGACCUGAACCACUUCCUGUUUCCGUUCGACACCAUCACGUGCCCGGUGUGCCUGCACACGGACGUGGAGAACGAAGAGGAGCUCAUCUGCUCGGGAAACACGACGACUGCCGAGGUGCACGGCUGCCACGAUCCCAGGACUCUCAAGAGCGGCGAGUGGACGGCCACGGUCAACAUGACGGUGUCGGACAGACGCAAAGCGUGUUUGUCCAUGAAGCUGGUGCGUGACCCGACGUUCCACAUGUGUACCACGGUCUCUCCGUCCAUCGUGCUGGUCCUGCUCAUGUGCAUCACCUUCUUCAUCCCCAUCGACAAGGGCGACCGCCUGUCCUGGGGCAUGAGCAUCCUGCUCUCCAUGUUCGUGUCGCUGGUCGUCAUCAGCGACUACCUGCCGAAAACGGGGCACUUCCCGCUCUUUGGAGUGUUGACCAUCGUGGCCAUCACGUUGGCGGGGCUGUUCAUGUGGCUGACCACCGUGGUGAUCGCGCUGUCCGGGAAGGAGGGGGACAUGCCGGACUGGGCUGUGGUCUUCUUCCUCAAGUACAUGGCCAUGGCGAUGUUGCUGGGAGACAUGACCAAGAAAAGAGACGUGAAGAAAGAGACGCCAUCGUUCACCGAGGACGUCAUGAUCAUGAGGUUCAACCCGCUCCACCAGCCGUUCCCGCCUCCCGUGGACAUCGCGGAGGACGACGAGGAAAUGCCCCGCAGGCGCCGGAACCACCUGCGUGUCCUGGCCAGCAUCAACGCCGUGAUGUGGGGGCUGAAGGACAGCAUGGACGGCAUCCGGACCAGCCUGGACAGCCUCAACGGCUGGCUGAAGAGGCAGGACGAGCAGAACAGCCUGGUGCAGACCGAGAGCGACUGGAUGAUAUUGUCCCACGUGCUGGACAGGCUGUGCCUGGUGGUGUAUUUGGGGACCAUAUUUCUAGCGGUUCCCAUAGUGUACCAUAUCGGUUAAUUCAACGACGAGCGUUGAUGAGUUGUAGUUAUCGGAGAAGCUAGACUAGUUUGCAUUGCAGAAAGGACGAUUUGUACAGCAUCGUACAGACGGAGAGUGAUUGGAUGAUGUUGUCCCACGUGCUGGACAGGCUGUGUCUGGUGGUGUACCGGGGGACCAUAGUCCUGGCGGUUCCCAUAGUGUACCACAUCGGUUAAGUCAUUGAUGAGUAGUAAUUUGGGAGAAGCUAGACUGGUUUGCAUUGUAGAAAGGACGAUUUGUACAGCAUCGUACAGACGGAGAGUGAUUGGAUGAUGUUGUCCCACGUGCUGGACAGGCUGUGUCUGGUGGUGUACCGGGGGGCCAUAGUCCUAGCGGUUCCUAUAGUGUAUCAUAUCGGUUAGGGCCUACGUCACAUUUCCACACCAACG